AUGCGUUGUCGCUUGCUGUUCCGGGAUCGGCAUGGAAUGGCUUUCCAAGUGCAACAGUGCGCAUCAGCGCAUGCAAAAUUCUUUGAGCUCAUAACGCAAAAUACCGUGCAUGUGGCAUCAGAAUCGGAAUCGGGACAGGGGCGAAUCAACUACCAAGCCAAUCCGGGUUCCGACAUGCCCGUUCCCGAUGUUAGUGGCUUGGCCGGCCUCGUUGUGGGUUUGGCCUCGGGAAGCGCGCGGCACUAUGCCGUUCACUUCUGGGACAUUGGGAUGACACUGGCAAUCCUUCCUGAAAAUCUUCAGGAACAUGCUCCGCCUCCUGCGGAGGAAGGCGGCUUCGAUCUAGUUUUCCCGGCCUCAGAGCCCGAAGCUAUGCUAGACUUCGGUCUUGCACUAGGCGAGGUCGUCGAAUCGAGAGGGUGGGCCGUGGUGCAGCUUGCCCACUCCGACACACUGUGUGACUCAGCAUGUCGCGAAGCGCGGUCGAUGCGUCGGUUUGCAGGUUUGCGCCAGGAGCUGCUCCCCGAUUACCUGGGGCAUGGAGUGCGAGGCAAGGUGCAAUUCCUCUCCGGGCAAAGAGGGCGUGACGAAGUGAACCUUCAGCAGUUGGACUCAAACUUCAACGUGCUGGCGCAGGCGGUGGCCGCAAACUCGUGGCACAACAUGGGCUUCCGCAGUGUUGGGGAGAGAUCCCCAACCUUGUUGUGGGUGCCGUACGCCACACGCCGUGAGGAGUUUUCUAUGGAAGGGGACCCUCUGAACGACGAUGACAUUGAGGAGGGCCACUUGGAGGAGCACCUACAGUUUCUGCGACGUCGUCGCCUGUGCUGUAUGAUGUGGCUCGAAUCAGACAGCGGCGAAAUCAAGCUGACUCCUGGCCCCAAGCGUCCGGAGCGCGCAGUUACCCUGCCUAUUGGAAGGCGAAAGCUCCUGGUCUUCCGGGGCGAUCGUAUGACUUUUUCAUACAAGCCCGCUGGCAGGUUCGUUGUUUUGCAGAGCUGGGUCCUGGAGCCACCAGCCAAGUUUCAAGUUGGCAAGUUGGAAGGCCAUCCAAUGAUGAAGGCAGAGGCCAUGGGAAUCAUGAGCGGGCGACCGCACCCAGAGGGCGACCGCGUGCAUGUCAUGAGCGUCAUGUGCCGCUUGCCUGGGGGAGGCACUGGGCCAGAUCAGUACUGGUCCAUGCUGCUAGACGGUACUGAUGGCAUGCUUGCAAUUCCGUCAGGGAGGUGGGACACAGAUUUGUACUGCACCAAGGACGGGGAUCACGAUACUCCUGGCAAAAUCUACACCAUCCAUGGAGCCUUCGUUGCAAAUGAAGAAAUCUUCUCAUUCGACAACAGUUUUUUCGACAUCCCGCACGAGGAAGCCAUGUUUAUGUCCCCAAGCCAGCGCGUUGUCAUGGAAGAUGGGUACACUGUCCUCUAUCGCGGUGGCUACAGCAAGGAAACCCUUCGUGGACGAAACAUCGGCGUGUUCUUAGGUGAUACUGGUUCUGACUGGAGCCCUUUCAACCCCGCUGAACAUGUCAUCGUCAGGGGGCAGGAGACCCGCACGGUUUUUGGUGCACAUGCAACGUCUGGAACUGGACACUCCACCUCGGUGGUGCCAUGCAGGCUGUCCCACGCUUUGGAUUUGGUCGGUCCAUCCAAUACUGCGGACACAGCCUGUUCGUCAUCACUUGUGGCAACAGGGGUUGCGAUGCAGUGGCUACGACCACGAAACGUGGCGCAGCAUCAGCAUCUGAACGUUGGCAGGCUGCAGGAGUCAGUUGCUGGUGGGAUUUGCACCCAAAUAGGUCCUGGCACGUACAUGGCUAUGUGCGGAUUGCACAUGCUCUCAACUGCCGGUAGAUGUUUCACCUUCAACGAAAGCGGGGACGGAUAUGCCAGAGGCGAGGGUUGCGGACUCCUUUAUUUGAAGGCCAGCGCAAUGGAGGUGGAUAUGUAUGACCAACUCUCAUGCCUUCUGGGCUGCUGCAUCAAUCAGGAUGGUCGGAGUGCUAGUAUGACGGCACCCAACGGCCCGUCGCAGCAAGCUUGCAUUGCGGCGUCCAUGCGCGAGGCAGGAAACAGGGCGAGCGACAUCAACUUGGCAGAGUGCCAUGGAACAGGAACAGCUCUUGGUGAUCCUAUUGAGGUUGGGGCUCUCAAGAACGUCAUGCAUCCGCGAGAGACUACACUCGCUUUGACAAGUUCGAAGUCCAACAUUGGGCACUUGGAGGGCAGCGCUGGAAUUGCUGGCUUCUUGAAGUGCGUUCUCAUGCUAAUGGCUGGAACAUGCCCGCCGAAUGCACACCUAUAUCAGUUGAAUCCUCACCUGGAUGUGAAAGCCUUCCCGUGCUUCUUUGACACAGAGGCGAUCGACCCAGGACUGAACAGCGCCCUAACAGGCGUGUCCUCCUUCGGCUUCGGUGGGACAAACGGUCGUUGUGACAUCUGGGGAGCAGCCAGGUUCGGGCCCAACAAAUGUGGGAAGGUAAUGGAAGCUGAAGUGGACCAAAUCUACACCCUGUGUCCAAUCACAUUGGGGAAGAUUGACCACUUGACCGGCGAGCCUCUGUCACGGCGACUGGCAGCCAUGCACAGGGGCAAGCGCAAAGCUGACGUCCUCCGAGAUGAACUUGCAAGAUACGAUGUGUCUCGGCUUGCGUACGACGGUGGCUUUCGCUUUCGGCAGAAUGCCAUCCCGAUGGAUGCUGAAGAAGACCUCGUGCAGGACAACAUCUUCAUCAGUGGAUCGUGGACUGGCUUCAAGAUGGAGGAAAUGGACAAGGAUGGAGACAAUUUGUUUACGACCGUCAUCACCCUGAGUGAGGAGAGGUAUGACUUGUUUGAGCUGUACGUGGAUGCAAAGGAAGAGCUUUGCAUUUUCCCGGCUGUUGAUCGUGCUGGAGAGCACAUUGCGAUCGAAGGCCCCGGGGUCAACCGAGAGAACAACAGAUGGAUCAUUGAUGGCCGUGACACGGAGCUUUCUGCAGGAACUGUGCUGCAGAUCACCUUUAAGUUUAGUCCAGACCAGAUGGCGCUGACGUGGAGAGAAGUCGGUGAGAAGCGGCGGGUUUUGGCCGCUCCUCGACAGAGCGGCUACUUUGUCACCGGAACCUGCACAAAGUGGCGGACGGUGGCCCUCACGUGCGCAGACGAAUCGAGCUUUCGGGAGUGGUCGGGAACGCUCAGGAUUGGACAAAGAGGCCGUGAAGAUUUUCAGAUUUGGCGGGAUGGUGAUCGCCUGCAGGCCAUCUACCCUUCUGCGCCACAAGCCGCUGGAACCGGUGAAGAGGCUUGUGGGCCGGACGAAUAUGGCAGUGGUCGAUACUUCCAGGUGAGGGGCCGGCCUGGCGAAGAGGUGGAGCUGGCACUGUACAUAGAAGAUGGCAAGGUGACAGUUCGGACGUUCACUGUUGCAUCCAGGCGCUCCAGGCAAUGGGAGUCUGUCCGUGGAUGGGCAAGACAUUCGUACGCCAUUCUUCAGCCGGGUGGAGGACCGGGCAUUCCAAUGACGAUGGACCCUCAACGGCCGGGCGUGUUCACAUCCCUCGUCGUUGUCGGCGAGGUUUUCGACAAGCAAGCGGGCGCCUUCUGCUUCCACUUCCAGGUGGCCGUCGACGGUGACAGCCGUUGGGUGUUCUUUCCGAAGGGCCCUGGUGGCCUGUCCGGUGAGGCCAUCAUCAACAGCCCACCUUACCACGGAAAUGGCUCUGAUGUUGCAUUCACAGUUUUCAGCCCGGCACCGAACAGGACUUUCGAGAUCAUUCUCGACCUCACUUCCAAGGACCGAAGACAGACCGUCACGUGGAGAGGUGUGUGA